GGGUUCGACUGACUGGAUUCAUCAAUUUGUACACAAAUAACGUGGUGGGGAGGAUGGUACGCAUGUCUGCAGACUUGUAUAUAUAGUCCACCGACCGUGUCCAAUAAUCAUCAUUCAACGGGAUCACUUCCAAUAAUCAACACUAAACAUGAAAUUCGCAACAGCUCUAGUCACUUUGGCAGUCGUAGCCCUCGUCCGGGCCGACGCGUCCAGUAACGAAAAGAAAUCGGCGAAACACGAAAAGAGAAGUUUAGGAGAAUUCGGAUCAGGACUUUCCGGUCUCGGCUACAGCUCUGGCCUCAGCUACGGAUCUGGUUUGGGCUACAGCUCCGGUUUGAAAUACGGUUCCGGACUGGGCUAUAGCUCCGGUCUUGGCUACGGCUCUGGUCUCAGCUACGGAUCUGGUUUGGGCUACAGCUCCGGUUUGAAAUACGGUUCCGGGCUCGGCUAUAGCUCCGGUCUUGGCUACGGCUCUGGUCUCAGCUACGGAUCUGGUUUGGGCUACAGCUCCGGUUUGAAAUACGGUUCCGGGCUCGGCUAUAGCUCCGGUCUUGGCUACGGUUCUGGUCUCGGCUACGGAUCUGGUUUGGGCUACGGUUCCGGUCUGGGCUACGGUUCCAGUCUAGGAUACUCCGCUGCCGCUGCCGCUCCAUUACCAACCACCGGCCCCAUCGUUCCAAUCUCCAAGGAAGUGCAUAUCAUCAACAAACACGCACAACCGGUGUCCGCCCCAUACCCAGUGCCAGUAACCCAUGACGUCCCCGUCCCCGUACCACAUGCGGUGCCCUACCCGGUUGACAAACCAUACCCAGUCCAUGUGCCAGCCCCAUAUCCAGUCCCAGUCGAAAGGCCCGUCCCAUACGCAGUCGACAGGCCCGUUCCUCACCCAGUGCCAUCGCCUUACCCAGUCCCAGUUGUCCGUGACGUUCCAGUUCCAGUGUCCAAACCGUACGCAGUUCCAGUAGUCAAACAAAUUCCCGUACCAGUAGCUUCUCCAGUCAUCGUGCCCGCCGUCCACCACGCAGCACCAUUAGUCGCUUCCAGCUAUAGCACCGGACUUGCAUCUUCCGCAAUUGGUUACGGUUCCGGUUAUGGAAUCGGUCACGCCAGCCCAUCAAUCGGUUACGGACUAGGAUCUUCUGCCAUCAGUUACGGUGCAUCUUCAUACGGUGCAGGUAGCCUGUACAGUGGUUCUUUGGGACACAGUAGCCUAGGUCUAUCAUCGUACGGACAUGGUGCCCACGGUUUCGAUUACAAGAAAUAAAACACUCGAAUGAUUCGCCUACCCUGCAGAACUACACUGCACUGACGACGGAUAUGCUUAGAUUUAUAUUUUACCGUGUAUAUUGUGUAUACACAUAUUUGUAUGUUCUUAGAUAAUUAUUUCAAUUUUGUUUUUAUAUUUUCAAUAUUGUUAAUAACCGAUAGUUAUUGACUGACUUUAAAUACAUAAUAAAUGUUUUUAAUAUAUUA